CUGCUGACAGAGCAUGGGAGGCCAAAAAAAGCCCGGGGCCAAAGCCAACAGUGGAAGCUCAAGGAAGCGAGGGGAGCAAGCAGGAUCUCCGCCGAAAUGGCCUCCAAACUCAUGGAUCUGGUGUAUUGGAGGAACAUGAGGUGGACCGGCAUGGUAUUUACGGGGCUGGUGAUGGGCCUGGCCAGCCUCUUCCAGCUGAGUGCCAUCACUGUGCUCUCCCACGUCUGUCUGGGUAUCAUGAGCGUCACCGCCACGCUCCGUCUUUACUAUAAACUGCUGGAAGUGCUGCGCUGGAACCCUGGGGUGCACCCCUUUCAGUCAUACCUGGACUACGACAGCUCGCUGACUGAUAAGGAGACGGUGAUGCUGGUUGAAGAGGUGGUGCUGCUGAUUGCGUUUGCCGUUACAGAGAUUAAACGCCUCCUCUUCAUCGAGAACAUGAUCGACUCUAUUAAGUUUGUGUUGCUGCUCUAUCUGCUGACGUACGUGGGCAUCGCCACCAAUGGGCUGACACUGAUUAUAGCUGCUGUGAUUGCGGUUUUCUCCCUUCCUCUGUUCUAUAAAAAACAGCAGGUACGGAUAAGGAAGCUGGUCAGAGCGCUCAGAGCAUUUGUGAAGAAAAUCAAAAAUCUGUUUAACAGCCUGUAUCAGAUGGUGAGACCCUCUUCCGCCCCUGCCUCCAAACCUGUACCCCCAGCUUCUCCGGCCGUCAAACAGAAAUCCAAGUCAAAGUAACUGUUUGGUUGCGCUCUGCAGGAAUUUGGGAUUCAGAAAAUGUUGGAAGGGUUCAUCCCUCUGUGGGGCCGCCCGGUGGGGGCAGCUCAUUUCCAUCUCUCCUCCAUGAUUGUUUACGGGAGCAAGAUUUAAUUGAUGCCGACAGCAGAAACAAAGCUGCCAUUCACAGAGAGAAAGGGAGGGCCUGAGGAUGAAGUGGGAAAUGUUAUUUACUGGGAUGCUCUCUGUCGGCAGCUUUAUUGUUACCGGUUCACGCGGUCAUUUUCUAGACGCGAUGAGAACAUAUACCUUUCUAUACAUCUAUAUCUUUCUAUUCAAACUUUUUUUUUGAUGCUAGUUUCACGAUGAACUGCAGUUCUUCAUUACAAAACAGCUAAUUAUUGCUGCUUCUUUGUUUACAGCCUUUAAUGCUUGCUGAGUAGAAUAAAAAUUAUUAUUACCAUGUAAUGGUCUUCAACCACUAGAAGUUUAUAGAACCUUGGCAAGGCUUGGAAAAUAAACAAAGCAUUACGCUCUGCUCGGUGAGCAAAUGGUAUUUAAAUCAGGCUCAAAUAAGUAAGAGUGGUUUAUUUUAAGGGCUAAUGUAAGACGGGGGUUCUCAGGUGAAUAAACAACUAAAUCUGAGUUUUCAGAUUUAUUCAUUUUGUGGAUAAAAGUCAACUUUCCCCCUGUUGCUUACUGGUGGGGUCAACAUGUAGUUCGUUUUCUGACCACCAGGAGGCAGCGCUGAAAAGAUGAAAAAUUUAGUUACCUCCAAUGCCAACAUGUCGUGUCAGUUUUAAAGGUGCUCCUUUGUCUUUUUAUGGUUCAAUCCACAUAGAUAGAUAAAAAUGAAGCUGAAAAACAAAACAAACACAAACAAAACAAAAAAAACAGUAAGCUUUCCUUAAUGCUACGCUGAGUUGCUUUAACCGAUUCCUCUACUGAGAUGCACCGAAAGCAAACAAAUUAGAAAAGGAAAGAGAGCAGCGAACUAAAGCUUGGUAUAGAAGUUUGACAUUUUAUCUUUAUCCUAUAUAAAUCCUUUAUUUAGAGAUUUCGGUCAUUGCAGUGUCUUUAUCUUUUGCUCCUCCACCAUUCGUGGUUGUCUUUAACUCUAAUUUACUGGAAAAUUAUGUGAGUAACAAAACACAAAAAAUAAAAAAACUGUCCCUGCUUACCUAGUAUGACGUCUCAGUUGAAACACCAGACAAAAAUUGUCUAGAUAGAUAAAAAACGGUGAGUUGACUCAUUAAAUGACAACAGGUGGGUGGCAGGCGGCCAGACACAUCUAUUUAGACAAUCCAUUACGUUUUGCUCGAGUGCAACAUUAUUUCAGUCAUAUUUAUCUUUAAUGGGAUUUUUUUUUUUUUUUUUUGUCAAUAACCGAGAUAAACCUUCCAGGGUUAUAUAUUUUUUUUUAUUGCUGAGACUUUAUAAACCUAAACUGCUGCUCCAGUUAAGCGGACUGAUACUUUCUGACCUCUUCCAUCUGUAUGUGUAGAUGCAUACCAUGCUUAGAUCCUAAAAAAAACAUGAGAUUAACCAACAACAAUUAGUGCAGAAUUGGGAAGUUGAAGGAAAACUAUACAUGGUUUUAUAGGAGACCAAAGUUUAAUGCAAAACGCGAGCCCAUCUCAUGGUCGACAAAUGUUGGCGGCAGCAUCAUGAUGUGGGAAUCCUUUUCUUUAGCAGGGACUGGAGCUAAAAACAAGGUAAUCCUGGGUGAAAACCUGUCAGAGGCUGCAACAUUUUUUAACAUACGAUAUAAAACACUAAAGCUUGUGAGCUGAAUGUUUUUGACUGUAUAAAGGGCAAAACUACAGUGCUUUAGCAGUGUAUUUGGAGGCUUUUUCUUUAUUGAGACGGCUCAUCUAUAAAGAGCCGGAGAACUGCGUGGGGGUUUCGGUGCAUUCUCCUCGCCAGCAGGCUGCUUUGAGCAUGCCAAGGUCAACGUAAAAACAAAGCUGCAGUCAAACUUUUGAGUCUUAAUUAGUUUAAAUUACACACAGUGUGCAUUACAUCCACGUACAUUAACAUGUUUACUCUGUCACUCUGUCUUGUGAUGUUUUGGAUCCAGAUCCAAAGACGGAUUUACUUCCGUUGUGUUUUCACUCGUCUCGUUUGUCAUCAGUGCUUUAAACUCAAAUUCCAAACUGUACAUGCUCUGUACUUUUGGUGAAAAUAGAAAGUCCUGAAAGUUUGUUAAUGUGAAACUGGUCUAAGGGAUUAUCGAUUCUAAUAAAUGUACAAUCACAAUAAAACUUAAUCACGGUUUUAAAACGAUCCAGCAGCCUAAAGCACCUGUAUCACCGCCGAUGUGACUUUAUUGGUUUUCUAUUGGUACUUACAAUUUUUAUUACUGCCUGAUAAAAAAAAGGUUAUUUGCUACAAAGGUGUCUUGAAAACUCCAAUGUUUAGCCAACGUGAAGAACACAGGUAGCUGAAGCUCAGCUUUUUUGCAGCGACUUAACCAAGACAUCGUCUGUGUUUAUGCCUGUGAUGAGAAAAGAUUUGCUCCUCAACCUAAGCAUCGAUGAAGCAUCGAUUACUGAUGGCAAAAAGCAGUCAAGCAUCACCUUUUAUUUGGGAUAUAUUUAGCUCCAGUUGAAGCUGUAAUGGCACAUUCAACCACUAGGUGGCAACCUUGGAAAGGAGCUGCUGAGCCAGAGCUGUGAGUAAUCUAAGCUAAUACAGGAUUCAUGGCAAACACUUUCUGCAUGAUUUCAGCAGGGCAACAUCUAGCUCAACAUUGCCAUAUGUCCUUUUUAAAAUGGUCCCAGCAUUUAAUAAUAAAAACAAACACCCU